AUGGGCAGCGCUGUCGACCCUGCAGAAGCCAAGAGAGCCGCCCAGGCCUGGAGGAAGAAGCCUCGCAAGUUCGCCCCAAAGUCCAGGCUUGGCUGCAAGACCUGCAAGAUAAGGCGAAUCAAGUGUGAUCUUACACAACCGGCGUGCACUAAAUGCACAUCCACGGGCCGCAAGUGCGACGGCUAUGCCCCGCCGCCUGUCACUGCCGAACCAGAAACGCACCAACUAGAAAGUGGCGGCCUGGACGUUGACAAGAGACGGCCCCUUGGACAUACUCAUGCCCCUCCCGGAGCACAGGACGCUCUCGGAACCCCAUCCUCCCAGGGACACAGACUUCAGCGGCUCAAGGUGCAGAACAUUGGGCCCCUCCUGAUCUUGCCGCUCUCCGGUCCUCAUCAAGCAGACGCGUUGCUCUUCUUCGAGAGCAUUUCCAUCAUGCACCUUGAUGAGCACCACCCGUCAGAGACCUGGCGGAACACCCUUAUGUGUUUCGCCCAGACCAUACCAGCAGCCCGCCAUGCCGCAACAGCCCUGGCCAUCGUCUAUAGACGACAUGCAGAGCAGCAGACAGGUCAACUGCGGGCCUCCCAGUGGGGCCACCUCGAGGAAGCUGCACUCCUGCACUACAAUAAGGCCAUCCAGCAUCUCCUCGAUGAGCACAAGACCCAAGACUGCAUGGACACGGCCGUGACCAUCUUGCUGUCUUACCUAUUCACCUGCAUCGACAGCCUGUCAGGCAACUACGCACAAGCACUGCACCACCUCCGAGGGGGAAUCGAGCUGUCGAGAAACGUCAGGCAGGCCAAAGAAUCAGCUCCACGAAGCACCAGCCGCAGCCUGCAAGCAAAUUCGAAGGAGAUGACCCCAGACAUCGAGGCAGUGCUCGGCCAGAUCACCAGGCAGAUCAGGCGUCUCGAUCUGCAGGCGACCAUCUACCUGGCCGAGUGGACCCCAAGGGACUUGCAGCCUGGUUCACUGCCUUUCGUUGCCGGCUUGCCCCCAGGCGGCGGUUUCACCUCCCUCGAGCAAGCCAACGACCACCUAGAACUAUUGGUCGCCCAGGUCAUGGACCUGCGCAACUCGACUCAACAAAUCUUCCCCACCGCGGAGCCAUCCUUCUCCGCCACGACGGCUCUCAAGGCCAGCAUUCUCGAUCACCUCGGGGCCUGGCAGACGCGCUUCGAGGCCCUGGCUCGCGAACAACAACACCCUUCACAGUCACAAGUAGGCUCCCAGUCAGAGGAGCCGUCCGGUCCUUCUCCAGCUUCAGCAAAUGACCCCCGUACCCACGAGCACCGCCGCCUCGUAUACCUCCUCCGCCUCCAACACCUCACCGCGACCACGUUCCUCGCCUCCUACGGCCCAGGCCGCGAGGCAGAAUACGACGCCUACCUGCCCCAGUUCCGGCAGUGCCUCACCCUGGCUGCGAAAGUCGCCGCCCUGCACGACGAGUACACGACCCGGGCGGCCGCCACCACCGCGCGGAAGACGCCGCCGUCGUUCACGCCCGAGAUCGGGGUGCUGCCCUCGCUGUACAUUAUUGGCCAAAAGUGCCGCGAUCCCGUGGUUCGCAGGGACGCGGUGAAGCUGCUCCGUGGGAUGAUGGUCAGGGAGGCCGUUUGGGAUAGCCGCACUGCCGCGACGGUCGUGGAGCGGAUCAUUGAGAUUGAGGAGCAAGGUAUUGGUGGUGGUGGUGGUGGUGGUGGUGGUGGCGGUGGUAGAGACGAAAGCACGGGCGGCAGCAGCGGCACCACGACGACGGCGGCGGUCGUCGAGCGCAUGGACCAGGUCCCCGUUUGGCGAAGGGUCGAGGUGGCCAGCUGGGUGCAUGUUGUCGCGGGGCGGAACUCCCAGGAGAGACUGGAGCUGAGUUACACGCUCUGCGGCGGGGAUGUGUGGCACGAAGAGUAUCUGGUGAUGGAUGACUGGCGUGCGAGACAUGAAGACUGUCCCGCCGACUCGGGUUUGUCAUUCUGUACGACGCUGGAAAGGUAUCUUGGCACAGCGCAGAGGCCCGUGCGGCAUUCCUCCCAAUGA